AGUAGAUAUUGAUCAUGAGGCCUCAAGGCGUUGAAAUUGUUUGUGAUUAUCUCCUUCAACCUUGAAGCAAUCCAUAGUUGUAAAACAUCAUUUACAACAAGUACAGACCAAAGAAAAUAUAGCUUCCCAUUAUGUUGAUGGAGUGAAUUUGGCCUUACCAUCACAUGUCAUCCUAUGAUGAGUAGCUAAGACCAUCAUGAACCAGGUGCCAAGAGCACUCAAGGCUGCCUAUGAUCAGGAAAAUGAAUAUAAAAACAUCCAUUACAGUUCCAGCCAUAAGCAAGGACUUAUCAAUGACACCCUCAGACAAUUACUCAUGGAAAAAGUAUAGCGAAAGGACUGUGAAGGGCUCCCCGUACCUUAGGUUGUUCUAUAAGUGCGCAACUGCAGAGGGUUGCCCCGCAAAGAAGCAAGUGGAGUGGUGCAAGGACAACAUCAACAUGGUCACGAUCACCUAUGAAGGCUUUCACAUGAACCAUGCACUUGCAUUUGAGGCUGCACGCAUACCCACAAUUAAGCCAGACCUUGAACUUGCAAGCUCAAGUACAGUUGCACCGGCACUCACACCCACACUCACACCUGUGCCCGCACUUACACUUGCACGUGCACGCACAUCUGCACCUGCACACGCACCCCCACCCGCACCCCCACCCUCACCGGCGUAAUGUGCUUGUGUUUGUUAUUCUCUUUAUCGUCUUGUCUUUGUCUAAUUUUGAUUAGAAUAGAAUAGGUCUACAUUAAACACUAGUGAUAUACAUCGAACU